AUGACGGACAUGCAAAAGCUGCUGAAUGAGGUAGGCGCUGCCGGUCUUACUCCAGACGAUAUACCUCGGGAUGGCACCGGCGUGGUGAAACUGGAUCCUUGGCUAGAGCCUUUCAGGGAAGCCUUGAAGCGCAGGUAUAGCAAAGCUCGGGAUUGGAUCGGCCGCAUUGAAGCUACUGAAGGUGGUUUGGAGCAAUUUUCAAGGGGCUACGAGAGGCUCGGCUUAAAUGUGAAUGACGAUAACACCAUUAUAUAUCGAGAGUGGGCACCCAAUGCUGUAGCAGCAUCACUCAUAGGAGAUUUCAGUGCGUCAAAACUAGGCGGAUUACUCUCUGCUCAACCCCCAAAGUUACUCACAUACAACUCAGACAACUGGGAUGUCAAUGCCCAUCGGAUGAAGAAAGACGACUACGGAGUUUUCGAGAUCACGUUGCCAUCCAGGGAUGGCCAACCAGCCAUACCGCAUAAUUCAAAAGUCAAGAUUUCUUUGGAGCUACCCAGUGGCGAAAGGGCAGACCGUCUGCCGGCUUGGAUCAAGUAUGUGACGCAGGAUCUGAGUGUAUCUCCGGCAUAUGAUGCACGAUUCUGGAAUCCCCCUAAAGUCGACAAGUAUGAAUUUAAACACAAGAGGCCAGCUAAACCCAGAAGCGUUCGGGUGUAUGAGGCUCAUGUCGGAAUUUCAACACCUGACCAGAGAGUGGCGACCUACAAGGAAUUUACGCGAAAUAUGCUCCCCAGAAUCAAGGACCUUGGAUAUAAUGUGAUACAACUCAUGGCAGUCAUGGAACAUGCUUAUUACGCAUCAUUUGGUUACCAAGUCAACAAUUUUUUCGCGGCUAGCAGUCGAUAUGGGCCGCCUGAAGACCUCAAAGAGCUGGUUGAUACUGCACACAGCAUGGGAAUCACCGUGCUGUUGGAUGUCGUGCACAGCCAUGCCUCGAAAAAUGUUCUUGACGGCAUAAACGAAUUCGAUGGUACGGACCAUCAAUACUUCCAUGGCGGUGGCAAGGGGCGCCACGAUCAGUGGGACAGUCGACUGUUCAAUUAUGGCCAUUACGAAGUUCUCCGGUUUCUCCUCAGCAACCUGCGCUUUUGGAUGGAGGAAUAUCGUUUUGACGGGUUUAGAUUUGAUGGUGUCACGAGCAUGUUGUAUAUUCACCAUGGCAUUGGCGCGGGGUUUUCCGGCGGAUACCACGAAUAUUUUGGGGCCGAUGUUGAUGAAGAGGCCGUUGUUUAUCUCAUGAUUGCCAACGAAAUGUUGCACUCACUGUUUCCCGAGUGUAUCACUAUAGCAGAAGAUGUAUCCGGAAUGCCAGCACUCUGCUUGCCUCUUGCGAUGGGAGGUGUUGGCUUCGAUUAUCGCCUCGCAAUGGCAAUCCCGGACAUGUGGAUCAAGAUUCUGAAAGAGUUGAAGGAUGAGCAGUGGGAUAUUGGAAACAUUUGUUUCACUCUUGUGAAUCGACGUCAUGGGGAGAAGACGAUUGCCUACUGCGAGAGUCACGAUCAAGCCCUGGUAGGCGAUAAGACACUCAUGAUGCAUCUCUGCGACGCUGAAAUGUACACCAACAUGUCGGUUCUGUCACCAUUGACGCCCGUGAUUGAAAGAGGCAUGUCGCUUCACAAGAUGAUUCGACUGGUGACUCAUGCCCUGGGAGGUGAAGGGUAUUUAAAUUUUGAAGGCAACGAGUUUGGACAUCCCGAGUGGCUUGACUUCCCCAGAGAAGGCAACAACAAUUCGUUUUGGUAUGCGCGUCGCCAGCUAAACUUGACAGAAGAUCAUCUACUACGGUAUCAGUAUCUCAACAACUGUGAUCGAUCAAUGAAUCAGUGCGAGUCCAAGUAUGGAUGGCUUCGUGCCGCUCAAGCUUACAUCUCACUCAAACAUGAAGUUGACAAGGUCCUUGUCUUCGAGCGGGCAGGCUUGGUAUUCGUGUUUAACUUCCACGCUUCCCAAAGUUUCGCUGAUUAUCGCAUCGGCAUUGAGGUUGCUGGCACCUAUCGCAUUGUACUCAACACUGAUUCUAAGGAAGCGGGCGGUUUCAAUCGGGUGGAUGACACCACUCGCUUCUUCACAACUCCGAUGGAAUGGAAUGGGCGAAAGAAUUGGACUCAAGUGUAUAUUCCAUGUCGUACUGCCAUGGUGCUGGCGCUCGAAUAA